AUGGCCAAAGUGCAUCCUGGUGCCACUGCUUUUCAUGAGAACUGGUUUCGAUAUUAUAACAGCCUGGACUAUGUGCCACUCCUACAUUCAGUGGUAAAAGCAGAUACAGAUGAAACCAAAACAGAUACUAAUGAAGACACAAGUGAUGAAAAAUCUCUUAGCAAUAAAAUCAGAAAUGAUGAGAAUGUGUCAAGUGAGUGUCAAGAUUCUGAAAAACAAGCUUUACCUAUCCCUGCUGCAGGAAAUGCAAAAACAAGUAACACUAAUGAAGAAACUCAAGCUCUGUCCGGAGUUGAUUCUCAGAAGGAAGACAGUAAAGCAAGAAAUAAGAAGAUCCCAAAUUCUGUACAAAAAGAUACAGAAAAAUCGGAUGAGAAUGACAGUGAAUAUGUUGUCUCUACCAAACAGUCAAAGGUUCUGAGUGGUGAUAAAAACAUACAAUAGUACAAUACUCAUGAAAGCAACAAGGAAAAACUCACACAAACUUCUAAUCACAGCUCCACAAGCAAGAAUGUUGCAAACAAAACACCUCUAUCAGGUGGAAACUCAGGGAGUGAUCAGCAAGAUCAUGAAAAUCAAGAAGACAAAUCUGAGCAAGGCGAUAAAGAUGAUUUAAAAUCACAGCAUACUGAUAGAGAUACCAAAGAAAAUGAUUCAGAAGAAAUCCAGAAGAGUGGCAGUGAAUCACCAGAAGACAGUGUUGCGACUGGAACUGCCAAAAAUCACCAGAUAAGAAUAGUCAGAAACAUACUUUGUCUCCUGGAGAGGCCAAUACGUCGAGUAGAAGCUUCAAACAAACGUCUGAUCGAAACUCUGAAUAGUAAAAAGAUACACACACCUGGAUCAGACAAAACCAUAGAAAAUGAGCAGCAAUAGAGUGAUUGAGGGUCUGGAUUGCUUAAUGAACCCAAGGCCACGGCAAAUUUCAGCACAAUUCAACCUAACAAAGAUGAUCCCAUUCCACAUUGUGCUGCUGAAGGUCUUGAAAACACCCAACAACCUCCAACUACCUUGAUGAAAUCACCUAAAUCAGAUGAAAACAUGGGGAAUCUGCACAAAGGAAGUGAAUGGAAAACCAAGGCGAUGAAAUGUUAAAGUGGCUAAAGUGGUAAAGAAACAAGAGAAUGACAAGAAAGAAGAUUCAGUACAUCAAUCUGUGGAAAGUAAUGCUGAAGACAGGCUUACUGAUGAGCAUGUUAGUAAUGCUGUCACGUCACAAUAAUGAAAAUUCAGACUCAACAGAAGUUAAGAAUAGAGAGGACACUGAAUCUGAAGGCAUAGCUCUCAGGAGUGAUGUUAACUCAUCUCAGGUUAUUCCUGGUAAGGAUACAGAGACAGGAGAGAGCACUAAAGAAAGGUCUGCUGAGGAAAUUGGGUGUGUGAGAGAUGGAGGAACUGAAAAUGAGAUAAAUAUCCAGACUCAGUUUUAAAUGUUGUUUGACCAGAGAUAAAAUUGUGUUUUAGGGUAGUACCUAUUAAAAUAUAAUUUUGCUCAUUUUUGUGAAAAUGCCAAAAAUCUUUUUUUUGUGAAAUUGAAAUUUAUUAAGAUGUUUUUGAUGUCAAGCCUAUUUUAAUAUUCAUCUGGAAUAUUCAAGGUGGAUCCAGAACCUGUCCCAGGAACAUGUGGUAAUACACCCUGGAGGGGAUGGCAGUACAUUGUAAUUGUAGCCUAGUUUAAUUGAAUUGCAAAGAAACUGUAAUAGAAAUAACAAAUUUCUGGUGCUGGGGAUUUCUGCAAAUCUACUGAUAUCAGGGUGUCGACUAUAUAAA